GCCUCUUCUUCCGUGUCUCUGCUCUCUGCUUCUGUCUCCCGUGUCUCUGGAGUGGCACAGCAGGCAGGGAGGCAAAGAUGGCUAACAAGGCAACUACGGAUGCCAUCCAGCAAGACUGGAAGGAGAGAGAGAUGAUCGAGGUGGUUCAUCUCAAUAUUCUCAAGUUGUUUCAAGCCUGGUUCCGCUCGUCCUGUUCAAGAUCACCAAGUUCUUGAACGAGUUCGAGGUGUCCGUGCGCUACAAGCUUUCCACGCUGGCGGAGCGGGUGGGGUCGUUGGAGCGACAUCUCGAGUACUGCGAAACCGCGGUCAAGGACAGGCAACAGCUGCAGCGGUUCGACUCGAGUUCGAGGGUCGACGGUGCUCAUGGGAGAUGAUUUCGAUGGGCUUGGCUUGGCUGGCUUUGUGCGUCGGCGCGCGUUUGAGUGCUGGUGGUUCUGUGGUUGACGAGUUUUAGGUUCUACCCUUAACGAUUUAGACAAAUGUUGCAUCAGGAGCUUUGGCCGCCUGGCGCACGAACGGCACGCCAUAGGUCGGCCAUUCAUUGUUUUCCAGAAGGGUCUGACGUAUGUAGAUUUUUUCAUGAUUUGUGUGUCGUGCAUUGAAGGUUUUGUAUUCUGGCGCGUUGUCCCUUAAGUCUGGUGUAUUGAGUCGCUCGGAAAGCUACUGGCAGUGUUGCAACGGGGUUGAACAAGCGAUGCGUUCUUAUCAAGCUGGCGGCAUGGUACUCCCGCGGCAAAGAUUGAGAAGUACGUCGUGGAAGGCCGUAUGCAGCUUAGGUGCUGAAUUU